AUGAGAAUAAAACUGCCAGAAAAGGUAAACUAUCAUCCGUCCGCCUCUCUCUCUCCUUUUGUGUUUUCGCUGGUACAGCAUUCGCAGUAGAAGCGGUCGGCUUCUUUAUCAGCCCCCGUGUCUGAUCGUUGUCAACAAGAGGCAAUUUAUUCUCUCCGGAGUCAAUUGGCAAACAGUUCUAUGUACACUCGCUUUAUUAGCGUGUUGAUAAAAGCACGUUCGUCCGUCUUCCUUUCCCCCGCACUGGAUGAAAUCCUCUCUUUCUUCCUCCCGGAUUGUGUUAGCCCGUCCUGCUUGGACCGUUUCGAUCGUUCGUCAUCUUGCUCGUUCCUUCGCGUCGAUUCGCGCGAUUCUUUCUUCUUCUCGACCGAUGAUCUCCUCGUUGACCCUCGACCUCCGUGACUGAUAACCCUUUCCUUUCUUCGUAGAGCGCGUUUCUUUUUUUCUUCCCGUCCGAGAACGUCGGUUAUCUGCAGCUUCUGGGUAAGUACGCGACGCGAUCGUGAACGUAUGACGAUCUUACUGGGAAAACCAGGUCAGCCUGCUGCGACACAAAGCAGUAUCGUCGAAGCGUCGAGGAUGAUGUCGCGGUACACCGAUCGUUUCCUCGUCACUCUAGCUUUCCUCUGUUUCAUCAUCGCUCUCGCCCACGCGGUACGUGCUCUUUUCCUUUCUUUUUCUCUUGUUCCUUCGGCCACCGGGCCGAGAUGAUUUUCCCGAAACGAAUCUUACCUGAAGAACUGUCGCGUCUCUUUCAACGAAAUGAAUUCGAUAUUUUUCAUGACUCGCUGUCAUUGUUGUACGUUACCGCUCGUAACUGUGAACGAUAUUAUUUUUUCCUUGUACAACGACAUGUCUCUUGCUUUUUAUUUUUCUAUUGUCGCUGCACUAUAACGCGUGAAGAAUACUACGUUUAUUAUAUAUACGUUGCAAUGUGAUUGUGUAUUGAAUAAAGAAUUUAUUAUAGAAGAUCUAAGGUGAUUAUUUCUGACAACAAUGCCGAGAAAGUAUUUGAAGAGCAACUAGAUAAUCGGUGAAAAUUUAUUAAAAAAAUUCUGACGAAGAAAAUAGACGAUUUGAACGACGACAGCGUGUUUUUCUUUUUUUUUUCUCCCUUUAUUUACACUUCUACGUAGCUUCUGUGUUUCACUCGCGCUGACGAUCUCACAGAAAAGAAGUAACUUAUUAAUAUGUAUUAAUCAGAUAAGCGUUGAUAACGGGGGCGAUAAAAGUAAAGAAUGUAAGCCUCAGUAACAGUCGAAACGAAAAAAGUAUAAUGUUCGUUUCUGUGUUCAUCUGUCUCUGAUGAAAAAUUAAGAAUACAAAAUAAAGUAUAACAAUCGUGUAACGUUGUUGUUUACUUGCGAGAUUAGUCGCCACAGUGUUGAAAAUUAAUUAAUUUGAAAUUAAUAAAAUCUCCACUAUUACUGUCCUUAGUGCCAAAAAUAAAUUUCUCACGUAGCAUAUUGUACUUCGAUCUUCAAUUUACAAAUAGAUCUACGAUCCCAAAGAGGUAACAACGAAACCACCGAAACAGAGAGAGCCAGUGCUCCCUUGGUACACGCCUGGCAGAGUCGACUCUAGCGAGGAUCUGUCACGUUCUCCAAAAUGGCAGGUAGAUCCGGACAGUCCCAGGAAACCGAUCGUAAUUGACGCUGAAUCGAAGUUGAAAUGGAGCGCUUGGAAGAGGAACCAGGGUAGUGACAUCGAGCAUAGAACGGAGAUCUCUGAUGAUUCUCAAAACACGACAGAUUUCGAUCAACACGCUGGCUCUUCCUUGGAGUAUAGUGGAGCACGGCUGGAACAGCAGGAACAAAACAAAGACCUCCCUCCGAGCCCUGAUGAUUUUCAAAAGCAGAAAGACAAGGAGAAGAAAGAGGAUGCUUGCAAAGAAACUAAUUCCCAGACAGUGAUGAAGGAUGACGAUCAGGAUGAUUUUUACAAAGGAGUGCCACCUGACAGCAAGAAGUCGCGCAAGGAGAAAAUCUAUCAAUCGACGAAACAGAAAUUGACGGUGGCUCGAUACGACGACAAACAAGGUGUCCAGUGCCCGGAAUUCGACUCGACCGGGCAAUUCGUGUACCCCCCUAACUGUCAAUUUUUCGUAAACUGCUGGAAGGGGAGAGCUUUCGUUCAGCCGUGUGCCCCUGGUACUCUCUUCAAUCCGGACACCUUGGAAUGCGAUUUCCCGCACAAAGUUAAAUGCUACGGCAAUGAAGUAGCUGAAUUCCCAUCGGACAAGCAUUUCGAUUCAUCGGAGAAUCGCGAGCCAUUGUUAUCUGGAAGUCAUCAAGGUUACAUGGAACAUGGACGGCCACAGGAGCCACGAUGUCCACCGCAUAUAACAGGCUUGAUAACGCAUCCUUCAGACUGCACGAAAUUCUUGCAAUGUGCAAACGGUGGAACGUACGUCAUGGAUUGUGCUCCUGGCACUGUGUUCAAUCCCUCCAUAAGCGUUUGCGAUUGGCCGAACAACGUAAGAGGCUGCGAAGACGCUGUGAAGUCCAAAGAAGAAGUCACGACGCCACUGGUCCCUCCCGACUAUUACGAAGACUAUGGAAAGUUACAAUAUUCUAAACCUGAACAGGCGAGGAAAAUCGCUUGCCCAGCUGGUUACACAGGACUGUUGCCCCAUCCAGACACCUGCAAGAAAUUUCUCCAAUGUACGAAUGGUGGGACAUUCGUCAUGGAUUGCGGACCCGGUACAGCUUUCAAUCCGGCGAUCUCUGUCUGCGAUUGGCCGUACAAUGUGCCUAGUUGCAACAAAGAUAAACCAUCGCGAACGCAACACUCGCUCGAUUUACCUACACCAGCCACCUACAAACCGUGGCCUUCGUCUCACGGUUCCACAGACUCGAGAGCAACUUGGCAACACACUCACCAACACAACCACACGUCACAGGGUCGUUACAGGCCAGGUUACACGCGCGACCAUCCUAAUCACUCCGUAACGACAGGUCGUCCAGGAACAGACUGGGACUCCUUGAGACCGACGUGGAUACCAAGCUGGAAACCAAGUGCUUGGACUACUGCCACGCCACCGUACUCUCAAGGCCAGCAAUCUACUAACGAACAACACCGACACAACGAUCACGAUCGAUGGGAUCACGCGUCAGGAUCAGGUCGCGAACACCCUCAAUGGAAUCAUCAGAAUAGAUACCAUCAUCAUUAUCAUCGUCACCAUCAUUAUCCUCACGGACCGGUUCACGAUUCCGACAGAAAUACCGAGACGCAGCAACCUGUGGCUACCCAAACGCCAGGAAGUCAAGAAACUGAGACAACUGGAGGCUGGCAUUCCAGUCACGGAUAUCGACACGAGCAUCGUCAUUAUCAUUACGGCGAUAGUAGGCCAGAGACCGUUCCCAGUUAUCCGUGGAGUGCUAUGGACUCUGGUCAACAGACUCAACAGCCCGUCUUUGAUCAGAAGCCACCUACUCGAAGAUUCGAUUAUCCCUCUGACAGAGAUUUUGCAUUUGGAGAUGGUAUCGCGAAUCAGGGUCGAGAGUUCACGCCUAACAGGCAGCAGUAUGGAAGAACUGGCCCCGCGUUUUCUUCAGGAUCAGGGUCUGACGUUUAUGUGAAUCGUAACUAUCAGUCGUCCGGGGAUGGUGAUUCGAGGUUCCACAUGCAGACUGCGGAGAACAGGACGAGCUGGCAACCAGUGGCAACGGGGAACAGCUUUGUUCCUGGCAGCUGGAGCCAACAAGGUGCAGGACAGGUGCCAAGUCAGAAUCAGGAUCAGAAUCGACAGUGGGAUCAAGGUCCCUCCGACGUGGAUGACAAAUUUCGUGAAUGGCGAUCUGAAACGAAUAUUUAUCAGAGCACGGCCAAUAAGCAAGCAGACUCCAAGUUAAACGCAUGGCCGAAUAUUUUUCUCCAUGGUAAAGGUCAACAUGGAUCAGAAACAAAGAAUACUUCAACCGAUUCGUUGAAACUUUCAAACUACCCAAAUGGCAUACACGUGAAUUUAAACGGCACAAGAGGGCAUUUUAUCACGAAGGAAAUCGAAAUAGAUCAAGGCCAUUCGAAAACGAAGACCUACAGGUCGAACGAUCUUCGCGGCUCGAACGAGUUUGACAAAAGCGACGGAAAUGUCUACGUCGACUCUCAAACCACCAAUUUUGAUUACAUACCGUCCGUGGUUCUUCAGCCACCACCCAUUUCCGUCGGUGAUCGUUCACCCGAGUCUGAGAACACGCGUCACGGGGACAGAUAUCCAAAAAAUUACUGGACGAGUAACUCGAAUCCUGCGAGUUCUGAAGAUUUAAAUGAAUCUGGUAGUCAUUACAACCGUGUGUCCGUGCCAUCGUCGAACCUUCAGCCACCGUACCCAUCUCUCAACUGGUCCCCAAGCUUUCCAUCGUUGGUAAAUUUCUCAGAACCUGAUAGUUACGGUCCAUCUACGAAUCUUCAACCGCCCUUCUAUCGACCUGUAUCGAACAAUACGUUCCCCGUCGGCUGGCAGUAUCCGUCAGUUCCGUCCAUCGAACUUCAACCGUCUUCAACUUCAUUCGUCGAACCGACGAGAUACCACAUGCAGAAUUUUACGCGUCCGAGACAACUGGAUAAUUUUCAACCUUUGAGUCAGCUGAUCCCUUCAAAUUUCGUACCAAACGUCACCGGCCAGUAUCCGCAUGUUCCGUCGAGCAAUCUCGAGCCGCCGUUCGAGGAACCCAGUGAUCGGACCAAUGAUUCGUCUGACGCACGAUUCGUCAGUAGCACGACUCGGAGAAUCGCGCCAAACGCGCAGAAGCUUCAUCAGAGUAACGAGAGGCGUGGAGGUGAAACGAGCACGACGACCGAUUCGAACGUGCCCGUUGUGUGGAUAGAGGAUGAAAGUACUUCGACUACGGGUUAUCCAGCCGUUGUCGAGCCUGAUUUCGACUACGAGGUCGACGUGCUAGACGACAGGGAAGCUUGGAAACCGGUAUUGGUUUUUGAGAACAGAACUCAGACGACUACGACGGAGUCUUCUGUCAUUAUGAAGAUCAACAAGAAGAAAGCGGACGUGGAUCUGUUUAAUAUCGAAGCUGCUCCGUUCGAGGAUGGUAAUUCGACUUAGGGGUGCUUCUUACCCCUACGUUGGAUACGUCGAAGUACAAGGUGCGAAUCCUGGUUGGGGAAUCGUUUGUGACUCGAAGUACAGCUGGACUUUGAAAGAAGCGCAUGUCGUGUGCAAACAACUUGGCUAUCCCAGCGGCGCCGAGGCGGCUUGGCAAGGGAGAGACUCUCGCAACGGUGUGCCAACUUGGAUCGCAGCAAACUCUGUCUCGUGUCAGGACCGCGAGAGCAAAUUUCAAUCGUGCAAAUUCACGCACGGACAGCAAUGUCGCGUGGAGAGGGACGCAGUCGGCGUAAGAUGCGUGCAGAAUCGCGUGGCUCACUGUCGCAAGGACGAGAUACCGCACGAGGGGCAAUGUUAUCACUUAGCCGAGCCUGAGAACGGCCUGAACCACCAGGAAGCGUUGGAUUAUUGCACACAGCGACAGUCACGGCUCCUCGAUAUCACCAGCCAAGCGGAGAACGAUUUCAUUUCCGAGUGGGUGUUGCAAACUCGCCCGGAAGUCGCAUCGAUUAUGACUUCUGGCGUCGGCUUCACUACCAUGAAUCGCACCCUCUGGCUUUGGGAGGAUUCUUCUCGCGCGAAAUUUAGGUUCACGAAAUGGUGGCCAGGUUGGAUGGGGGACAAGAAACAUCCCCCAAUCGUGGGCUUUCGACCUGCUUGCAUAGUAAUGAAGCGGAAAUUCCCAUGUCACGACAGGCCAGACUCGAUAUGCGUAGCUGAUUAUUUCUUCUGGGACGCGGAGGACUGCGCUGCCUCUGGCAAAGGCCACUCUUUCAUUUGCAAGAGGCCCUACGAUGACAUUGGUUGCAUUUAUGGGAAAGGAAGUCAGUACGCUGGAACAGCGAAUGUCACGGCGUCGGGGAAAGAAUGUUUAUCGUGGGGUGAUCCGGAGGUUGCCCAUCCGCUCGAAAUCCAUGUUCUUAAUCGAGAUGUGCGAGAAAAACUGAAGAGCCACAAUUACUGCAGAAAUCCGAAUUCGAACAGAGAGAACAAGCCUUGGUGUUUCGCGGGGCCACGUGGGGAGAAGGAGCGUUGCGACAUUCCAUCUUGUGGGAAUCUAGGUUCUCAGAGAUCGGUUUCGAUGGGUCAAUGCAUGCCCAGGCAUUUCGAGUGCUCACCGGGAGAAUGUAUUCCUUCGACAUGGGUCUGCGAUGGAGAAGAAGAUUGCACGGAUGGAAUAGACGAGAGGAGUUGCGUUUCAUAUAUGGAUUUAUAUCAGAAGUAUUCCAAGCAUAAACUUGAAGGGUAUGACGUUCAGAAGUGGUUGCACACAUCGUUGAAGACGUGCGCUCUCAGAUGCAAAGACGCUGAUUUUACGUGCCGAUCCUUUUCACAUAAGGCAGACGAGAAUAUUUGUUUCUUAAGCGACAGCAACGUGGGAAUGACGGGGUCUUUGAAGCCUAACAAAGAAUACGACUACUACGAGAUGAAAGACAGAAGCGUCGAGUGCAAAGGAAUGUUCGUCUGUGAGAAUCGCAAGUGCAUAAAUCAGACCCAAGUGUGCAACGGAAAGAACGACUGUAACGAUCGUAGCGACGAAACUAUCUGCACCGUGGAAAAUUUGGAUUACGAUAUUCGGCUGGCUGGCACGGAAAGCGACUACCAAGGCAGAGUUGAAGUUAAAAUUCUGGGCGUGUGGGGACAAGUGUGCGACGAUGGUUUCGGAAUGAUCGACGCUGACGUAAUUUGCAAAGAGCUUGGCUUCGUUCUUGGCGCUCUGGAAGUGACACCGGGAGGAUUCUUCGGGAAUAUGGACCCACCAACUAGAUUUAUGGUCGAUCAGUUAAAAUGCCGAGGCAACGAGACUUCUUUACGCGAAUGUGAUUUUGAUGGUUGGGGUGUUCACAAUUGUCAACCGGAAGAGGCGGUGGGCAUUGUUUGCAAAACUGCGGUUAAUACUUGUCAGGAUGGCCACUGGAAGUGUGACAAAAGUCCAAUGUGUAUUCCAACUGCGUUUAUAUGCGACGAGGUCCUCGAUUGUCCGGACGGUUCCGACGAGAAUUCUGAACAUUGUGAC